AUGGCCCAAUCCCCGAUGCAGGCUUCGGAAGCCACGGGUGGCCACAAAAGGAAUCUCAGCAAUGGGACUCCGGAUAUCUCUCCGUUGAGACGAUCCAAGCGACAAAGGUCUACUGCUAGCCUGAAGGAAGUUUCUUCCAGCGAAGACUCAGGAGGAGAAGGCGAGGCUGUGCCCACGCCGAAGAAGGGGUCCAACGCUAAAUCUGCGCCCAACGCCACUAAAUCCAAGAAGACCCAAGUUGCAUCUUCCGUCAAGAAAGAAGCUGUCGACGAUACAGAGCUUGUUUCCAGCAUUCAAAUUGGGAAAAGAGAAUCUGUGGUGAAGCCUGAAGGCGGAGACGUCAGCGUAAAGACUGAAACAGAGGCAGCUUCGACCAUUCAGACCAAGCCCGCCAAGAAGGGCAAGAAGAGCAAAAAGGAGAAGGACGCCGAAGCGAUGCCGCUGGCACCACGGACACAGGGCCUGCGGAUGUUUGUUGGUGCCCAUGUCAGUGCUGCAAAGGGCGUCUUCAACUCCGUCACAAAUAGUACACAUAUUGGGGGAAACGCCUUCGCACUCUUUCUUAAGUCACAGAGAAAAUGGGACAACCCGCCUCUCCAGGAUGAUGUCCGCGAUCAAUUCCGUAAGAUGUGCGCUGAGCACAAUUACGAUGCUGCCAAACAUGUUCUGCCCCACGGGUCCUAUCUCGUCAACCUGGCGCAGAAUGACAAGGCGAAGGCUAAGCAAGCCUAUGACUCCUUCCUCGAAGACCUCCGUCGGUGUGAAGAUCUCGGUAUCAAACUCUAUAACUUCCACCCCGGAAGCACAAACCAAAACCCCCUCCCGGACGCGCUGGCCCGUCUAGCCGACACUCUGACCAGAGCAAUUACCGAAACAACCACAGUAAUCCCAGUUCUAGAGACGAUGUGCGGCCACGGCAACACAAUCGGCGGCUCGCUCUCCGAAUUCCGGGACCUGCUAGCCCUCAUCCCAAAAGAGCACCACUCCCGCAUCGGCAUCUGCAUCGACACAUGCCACAGCUUCGCAGCCGGCUACGAUCUCGUCACCCCAGAGGGCUUCAAAGCCUUCCUCGCCGAAUUCGACGAGCUAAUCGGCAUUCAGUUCCUGCGCGCCCUGCACUUGAACGACUCCAAGGCACCGCGGGGCAGUAAGCGCGAUUUACACGCCAACAUUGGAACAGGCUUCCUGGGUCUACGCGCGUUCCACAACGUCAUGAACGAGCCACGCUUCGAGGACCUGCCUAUGGUCCUGGAAACGCCCAUUGACCGUGUCCCCGGCCAAACGGGCGCUGCGGCGGCCGAUGAUGAUGCUGACAGUUGCUGCGAGAGUGAGUCUGAGAAGAAGAAGAAGACGGCGAAAAAGGGCCCUAAGCGGCCUGCUGGUGCUUCUCCGGCUGCAGUCGCCGACCCAGGUGUUUGGGCUCGCGAAAUCAAGUUGCUGGAGUCGCUUAUUGGGAUGGAUGCCGAGGGCGAGGAGUUCCGGGCGUUGGAGGCGAAGCUUUCGGAGGAGGGCCGUGCUAUGCGCGAGAAGCAGCAGGAGCAGUAUGAAAGGAAGCUUGAGACUGAGAAGAAAAAAGAGGCCAAGGCGAAGGAGAAGGGGCAAAAAAGUCUUAUGGAUGUCUUGAAAAAAGGGAAGGGGAAAUAA